UGAUAGCGAAUCAAUGUGCUGCAGUAGCUGCUUUCUACAGUAGAUCGAUCCACAGAUCCCGACUAGGCGAUCCAGUCCAGUUUAGGAAAUCUGUCUGGCAUUAUUGCUUCACCACCGAUCGGAGCGACAGGCGGCAAGAGCGCAACAAAACGCGAGUUUAACAACCUGUUUCACGGCCAUCCCGACUUAUUGGAGCUCUCUGUGGCACUACUGUUGCUAUCUUGCCUUGCUGUCAUCAACCGUGUAACGUGCUUGUGGUUGUUUCGCGCCAGCGUACAAAGUGCAACUGCAGUUGGACAAGAGUGCAUUCCGCGUCCAGCCGUCGUGGGUGCUUUCGUUCGAUUAGUUUAAGUUCAAUUUGAAGAAAUUUAGUCACUUUGUGUUCGGUGAAUAAACCGUGUCCAAGUGAAGAAACUUCCCGGAAGCUAUUUUUGUUUAUUAUUACUGCGAUUUAAAAAUUACCGUGCAACUGGAAUCAACCACCGUCACACGUGAGGUAGUAAUUGUGAUUGUGUAGUUUGGGUAAAUCUAUUCGAUUUCAUCAGAAUCUAGUUCACUCAGAGCCUUAAGUAAUUAGUGGAAUUUCCAAGAGACGCCUUUUGCUGCUAAUAAAGUUGAAAACAAAGCUACAAGUGCAUAUUCUCCCUCCUCGAAUAAAGGGAAAAUCAAUAAAUCACAUCCCCGUUCGCAACCGAGAUACUGUGUCAAGGUAGAAGUGACCAUCAAAACGUGUACAGCCCCAGUGAAAACAGCUGAGUGAGUGACGGGAACGGGAACGAAAACAACAGAGGUGCAAGGAAAUGGCCCCCAUUGCGACAACCAACGAUCCCAAGCUGGCUCAGGCUGGCGAGGAUGCCCUCAAUCGACGAUUGGAUGCCAGCUAUUACAGCAACCAUCAAAACAGCCUAAGCGAAGGUAAAUCUACCAGAAAAACAAGUCGGGACACUAGUUCGUUCGAAGAGCAUGCUGUAAAAAAGAAGACUACCCGAUUAGCAAUUCAAACCACCAAGACUGGACUACGUUCCGUACCGGUGGUGGCAACUAAACCGAAUACUGGCUUGAAGCCAUGCCCACUCCGGGCUCCUCUGGUGGUGACGACCGUGGGCCUGCCCUGUCGAGGCAAGUCCCUCGCCUCACACAAGGUCGCCCGGCAUCUUAGUUGGCGCGGUGAAAGCGCUAAGGUUUUCAAUGUGGAAAAUAAUGCUACUAUCGACACGUUACGUGAAAUUUCAACCUUUUUCAAAGAGGGAAACAAUGUUGCGAUCAUCGAUGGAAUGCACCUGACCCGACAAUCACGCCAACUGUUGAUCAACUUUUGCGAAGAACAACUAUUCCACCAUCUUAUGAUCGAGUUCAGCUGCAAUGACAAAUGCCUCCAGGAGAACAUUGACGACACGGUUCUGUUCUACCACCAGCUGGAUCAGAACAUUGACUGGGAGCGGCGGAUCAAGGAGAAUAAUGAGCGACAUACGCGCCGUUUCGAACCGUGUUCUCCCCUCGAGGGACCACUCAUUACGGUAAACAAUUCCGAGGACCCGAUGCACCACUCGGUGACGGCUCGCGGGGUUCGUGGUUCUAUUCAGACCGACAUACUCGGGGUUUUGGCCAGUCCGGUAAUACGGCAGCAAACGUUCUACUUAAGUCGGCAUGGUGAAUCGGAGUACAAUGUUUUGGGACGAAUCGGAGGCGAUGCGGAUCUGUCACCUCGUGGUAUGAAGUAUGCCGAACGAUUGGCGCGCCAACUGGGUGGUCCCGGUUCUGCUCCGGACGGCCCCAAACCUAAGCUUAUCUGGACCUCGGAGCUGCGCCGCACCAUUCGCACCGUACAGAACAUACCGGGGCCGCGAGCAGCUAUCAAAGAUCUGAACGAAAUUGACGCUGGCAUUUGCGAGGGACUUACCUACGAGGAGAUCCAGGAGCGCUUCCCGCAGGAGUUUGCUUGGCGUGAUCAGGACAAGUUCAAGUAUCGUUACCCGCACGGCGAAUCGUAUCUGGAUCUGCUGCAACGAGUCGAUAGUGUGGUACAGGCGCUGUUGGCCAACACAGACGUCCUGGUCGUGUCUCAUCAGGCUGUCCUCCGGUGUAUUAUGGCGUACUUCAAGGGUACCAAGCCAGACGAUGUCCCUUACAUAAAUGUCCCGCUUCACACCCUGCUGGUUGUGCGUUCGUACGGGUACGACUUCGAAGUGGAAACUGUUCCCCUCAAGGUGGAAUGUGUGGAUACGUAUCGUAUACAACCGAAGAAUUGCUCGACCAGUCGCACAACUGCGGAUGCUUUGACCACGGUUCCGGCACACUUUGACACCCCUCUUUCACAGCCCUCGAUCAGCUAAACUGUGUUGAUCUCUUUGCAUGCAACAACCGGACACGUGGUAAGACAGAACGGAACACAGCAGAGAAAGUUAUUGGAUUGCAAAAUAAUAAAAAAAAAAACAAAUACAAAUCACUAUUAUGUAUUGAAGGAGUUUAGCUCCGAAUGUGUGAUGCAUCACGAGCAAUUCAUAUUGCUUUUUAGUUUGUUGGCCAGCAUGAAUAAAGCAGAAGGUGAGAACCAAUCCAAAUUGAUUACAUGUUGCUGAAUAAAAAAUAUAUAAAACUCCCGUUCUUCCAAAAAAAAUAAAUAAAACUAUAUUUCGUACAAAUGGAUUGAGUUUGAGCACGACAGGUAAAGCAGCAGCAUUAUUAUCUUGUACGUCAACCUAGAAGAGAAGGCACCAAUGCAUCUUCAUAAUAUUUUACUUAUAUGUACAAUAGGAAGUUUUGUAAUGCUAACCGAUAAGCUACGAAUGAGUAAAGAUUAAGUGAAGGUUGAGGAAAGUGAUUAAUAGAUUGAAUCCAAGUUGAGAUGAAAAGAUGCAUUUUAAUAUACAAAAACAUAAACGCUAAAUCGAUUAAUGCAAGUUGAUUUUUGUAUGCCGAUUGAAAGAUUUGUUUUGAAAUAAUUAAACACAAUCUUCAACGCACGCAAACACCCGUGAAAGGUAACUGAAAUGGUAGAGAAGCACGAGUUAAUAAUACAUCAACGUCUAUUUUAGCAUUAAUCGUUAUUUUUUAUUUGUAGAAAACACAAUUACAAAAAAAAGGUCAAUCCUAAAUAAACUAUAAGAAAAAAAAUAUAAAAAGUAGUAUGAACCAAAGCA